AUGCCUCCCAGUUUACCGCAUAACCCAAAUCAUCGUAAUCCAUCGCCAAUGGACUCGAAAAAGCACGCGUUGAACGAAGACUCGAAGGCGCCUUCCUCGGAUACCAAAGAUCAGAAGCCUGAUGUCGACUCGCAAACCUCGUUGGCGCCUCCUCCGCGACCUGCUGUAACAACGGCCACAGAUACUCCAGACUACUUCAACUCCGUACAUAAUCCCUUCUCCCUGGAGCCCAACCCUUUUGAACAAUCCUUUGGCGGUGGUGGUGGUAACCCAAGCGAAACCCCUGGGAAGUCGUUACUUCCUCCCGUCGCAUCUCUUACAUCUCCCGCCUUGCCCGGUGCUAGCUCUGCCGGCGGUUAUAACUGGUCGAACUCGUUGCGCUCUGGGCCUCUGAGCCCUGCCAUGCUUGCUGGACCAACAGGACCCAAUGAUUAUUUCGAUAGUAUCGGCAGAGGGUUCCCAACACCUAAUGAAUCUUCGCUUCGCACCGGGUUGACGCCAGGUGGUGGCGGUUCUAUGUUCCCUGCCCCGAGCCCCAACUCGCAGGCGAUUCUCCAGCAACUGCAGAGUGGAGGCGCGACCCCCUCAACGAUUGAAUUCCAUCGCACUGCCCUGAACGCCGCGAAGAAGAACGGCUUGGGCGGUCCCACCUCCAAUCCCACGACUGACCCGGAGGCAGUUCACGGUGUGAGCAUGGACAUCAAAGGCAGCCAGCCUGCUGCCGUCGAUCCUUUCACACAUCACGACGCAGCAGAUGCGGCCAAUGGCCUCUUCAUGUUGGCCAAAGGCGGACAGGCAAAUCAGUUUGUUUCCAACCCUUCAUCUGUUCCCUCCCACGCUGUUCAGGGUGCCGAUCAAUCGCAUGAUAUGGAUCGGCGGGGUUCCCACAAUGUCAACGGCGCGCUCAGCAGCGGCAGAGAGAUGAGUGGUGAUGCAUCUGAUAUGCAGGAGCAGGCUAAGCCCACCGCGAAGGGCAAAGCCAAGAGAAAUUCUGCCACCAAAGUAGGAACCGCCCCGAACAACAGACGUAAGGCCGACGAUACUCCUGCCAAGGGUGCGAACAAGAAGGCCAAGACCAACAACAGCGCUGGUAGCGUUGAGCCUCCUUCCGAUCCCGGUGAUUCGGAAGAAGAGGAAGAACUAAAGAGAAAGAUCCAGAACGACUCGAAGAAGAUGACUGAUGAAGAGAAGAGAAGAAACUUUCUGGAAAGGAAUCGGGUCGCGGCGCUCAAAUGCCGUCAACGGAAGAAACAAUGGCUUGCCAAUCUUCAGGCGAAGGUCGAGCUGUUCACCACAGAAAACGAUGCUCUCACCGCUACUGUCACCCAGCUCCGUGAGGAGAUUGUCAACCUCAAGACUCUAUUGCUUGCGCAUAAAGACUGUCCUGUCUCUCAAGCUCAAGGAUUGGGUCCCCUCAUGAUGAAUGGAAUGUCAGCAGGCUUCGACCCCCACCCGUACAACAUCCCGAGCAACAUGGGUAUGCAGCCCGGGGCACCUAUCCCUACCCAGGGAAUGCGACGAUGA